CAUCGCUGUUAACAUUUUGAAGGAAGUCAAUAUCUGCUGUCUUAAAUAUGUUAAAAACAAUCGGAUUCUUUCUCGGAUUGCUAUUCUUUACUCAUUGCGCAUUCUCUGAGAGGAUUGUGAACACUGAUGGUGUAAGAAAUGCAUUAAAAGUAAGGUUUAAAAUAUUUAAAGAUGUACCAAGGAGUGAAGCAGAGGCGAUAGAAAUGAACUUUACAAAAAUAAGUGAUUGUGAAACUGAACAUUUUAGAGGGAAACAGUACAUGAGAUAUGGUGACCCUUUGAUUAUACCGCUCUUUGACGUCAACGGGUAUAUAGCCGGGCUUCAGACUGGAGUACCAGUAGGACUUGAUAAUAAUUACCCACCUGCAAUUAUGCAACCCCCAUUUAUUCAAGAUGGUGAUCUAUUUAAACUCACAGCCUACUUUGUAGACCCUUUAUUGAUAUGUAAGCGCGGCCGAUCCAAACAACAAUUUAUUCGCACUGGUACUGGUCAAGAUUUAUUCAUCCAAACGGGAAAAGAUCCGGAAACCGAUAUUCUUGAGAUUGACGAACACAUGACUGAGACAAAAUGGGUGCAAGGUCUUUGCUUCCCGCAAAUGGGCUACCAUUACUUCAAGGAAGUUUCUUUAGACAUGUCUUGUGAAACUUUUUUUCCCGUGGCAUUAUUGUAUUAUCAUGGGGAACUGCAAGGAUUCGUUUGGUCUUUGGGCGCGAUUUUGAAUUCAACAUUCGUAAGUUACGAAUACCCUGAACCAGAAUUUUUCCUCGAACUGUUGAAAGAAGUGCCAACUUGCCUGAAUACACUACGCAGGUCGACAAUGCACGUGUAUUUCAAAGAUAAUAUCGAUACCUUUACCUGCAAGGCUCCACCUGCCAAGGAAUCCCCGUGCACCAGUGAUUCUGCGUUUCCAGUACUAGAGAAGAUAUUGAUAGUGUGGUUCUCCAUUUUUAUGUUGAUAAAAAUGACUUAUUGAACUAAAACCGAACUUUAUAACUACUGUAUACUUUAAAUUUUAUCUGGAAUAUAUAUUGUUUUUUUUUGCACAUCAUUAGUUUUAAAAAGACUGGUUUAAGGACUGAUAAAUAUGGAAAUUCAGCAAGUUAGGUUUCAAUUUAUUAAUGGAGGGAUUUAAAUAAAAUGUUUUGAAUUUUGACCGUAACGGAAUUCAAUUGAUAUAUGACGACGGUGAUUAAAGAUGUAUUUCAGGAUUUUAACUACAUGUACAUGUAUAUGCAUCAGUAGAUGUAAGAGGUACAAGUCAAUGUAUUUGUUAAUCGACUUAUGAUAUGUUUUUCAUACAUUAAACAUCACUUCAUCUUAAUAGAUUUCAGUGUAAAUAAUGAUGUUAUUUUUUCUUUACUUGCACUUUUGACGCUAUCACUCGUUUAUGCAAUGCUGUUUGAUUUAUAUCAUAUUAUGCAACAUAAAUUAAGUGUCUUCUGUCAUACUUUUUCAUAUUUUCAAACAGCUGGUUAAUAAAAAAUAAAUG